AAAUUUAUAUGUGUGUGUCUACCACUGUGUGUGUGUCAGACCAACAACAACAACAUGAUAUCAAUAAGACAAUUAUUGGAUCAAUUGACAACUACUAUAACAACAACAACGAGAACAUGGAUGUAUGUCUUGUUGGUGGUGGUGUUACCACUUCUCAGUCUAUUACCUCCAAUUUACACAUUGUCAUCGACGACAUCGUCGACGACGACGAUGAUGACAACUAUCACCAUCAAUACUACCGCAAUCACAAACGGCACUACCACCUGUCAGCUGAAUGAGUUUUACUGUAUAAGCGCCAACAAGUGUAUAGAUGAGACCAAAAAGUGUGACCACUGGAACGAUUGCGGUGACAAUUCAGAUGAACAGGAUUGUGACUUUCCUCCAUGUCACGAUGGCCAGUUCAGGUGUUCAAAUGCCAUCUGCAUCCCGCAGAGAUGGAGAUGUGAUGGACAUUCCGAUUGUACGGACAGUUCAGAUGAAAGCAAUUGCACUAUGAUCUCCUGUCCCGACACAAAGUUUUUGUGUCCAACAGAAAAACAAUGUAUCAAUAAGGAGGAGCUCUGCGAUGGAAAGCAGGACUGUAAGGACGGUGCCGACGAAAAGGAGGCCUGUUCCUCAAAACUAUGCGAAUCUCUAUCCUGUGAGUACAAGUGUCGGGCAUCGCUGGACGGCGGUACCUGCUAUUGCCGAGACGGUAUGACCAUCAAUCAGAAAGAUCAGCGCAGUUGUGUAGAUCUGGACGAAUGCAAAGAGUGGGGCUAUUGCGACCAAAUCUGUAUCAAUACGCCCGGCAACUAUCGGUGUAGUUGUGAACCCGGCUAUACACUGGUACCGCCCCGGCAUUGCAAAGCAGAUAAUAGUUCGGAUAUGCGGCUGAUUUUCGGCCAUCACAGUGCUAUCUAUCGAAUCGAUGCUAACGGUGCCACCACAUUGGAUACCAUAACCAAUACGACAGCUGUCAGCGGUAUUGACUAUCAUUAUCAGAAAAAUCUGUUAUUCUGGUCGGAUGUCGAAACUAGAAAGAUCUAUACAAUGCAUUUGGAUAAUUGGCGACAACCGAGAACUAUCAAAGACAUAACUGUGCCGUUCCAGUGGAAUCCGAUAUCGUUGGCCAUCGAUUGGAUCAGCAACAAGAUAUACAUUUGCGAUACUCAUAAUCAGAAAAUAGAUCUGAUGGAAAUGGAUGGCAGCCGACAUACGAUUGUCAUCAGUCAGAAUCUCACAGCACCACUGGAUAUAGCACUGGAUCCGACCAAAGGUCUGAUGUUUUUUACCGAUACCGACAACAUUGAUCGGGCACUGAUGGACGGCACACUGCGAAAGACAAUUGUCUCGAAUUAUAUUUAUAAAGCAUCGGGUCUUACCUUGGAUUAUGUUAGCGAACGUGUUCUGUGGUGUGAUUCACAAUUGGAUCAGAUUGUAUCGGUUGACUACGAAGGACAAAACAGACACGCCAUCAUCAGAGGCAGUACCAAAGUACCGGCACCCAUACGGCUGACUGUUUUCGAAAACAAUGUCUACUGGACAGACAGUACCCGACAGGGUGUGCUCAAGAUUAAUAUGUAUAAGUCGAACGACUCGAAUGUUGAAACCAUUUACCGUGAAAGACGACUGGCCAAAGAGCCGCGUGCUAUCAAAUCGUUUCAUUCGUUACGUCAACCGAUAGUUCCUAAUCCGUGCGGUGCAAACAACGGCGGCUGUCAACAUAUGUGUGUCAUCACCCGUAACGGCGACGGUAGUUCCUACGCACUCGGCUACCGAUGUACCUGUAAUAUUGGCUACCAAUUGGCGCCGAAUCAGAAAACCUGUGUCCGUGUCGAAGAAUUUCUAAUGUAUUCGCAACAAAAGUUUGUCAGAGGAAUACUACUCGAUCAACAAUCGCCCGGCUUUAACGAUGCCAUCGUACCGGUGGUCAGCCGAUCGGCACGUUUUGUUGGACUUGAUUUUAAUGCCCGAAACAACUAUAUCUUCUAUUCGGAUGUCAUACUGGAUGUAAUCUAUAAGAUCAAAGUUGACGGCACCGGUAAAGAAAGUGUAUUAGCCUCGCAAAACGAGGGCGUUGAGGGACUGGCCCACGACUGGGUGUCCAACAAUCUCUACUAUAUUGACAGUCGAAAAGGCACCCUAAAUGUGAUCAAUGUGUCCAACUCGACCUAUCGGCGAGUGUUGCUCAAGAAUCUGAAGCGACCACGUGCUAUUGUUGUCCAUCCCAACAAAGGUUACGUAUUCUACUCGGAAUGGGACCGACCGGCCAAUAUCAGCCGUGCCUAUCUGGACGGUACCAAUGUAAUGAUCUUUCGCGGUGUCCUACUGGGCUGGCCAAACGGCCUGAGCAUCGACUACGCAUCGGAUCGUCUAUACUGGUGCGAUGCCCUACUCGACCACAUCCAACACGCAAAUCUUGACGGCAGUGACGUCAAGACAAUCAACUCACCCCGUAUUAAACAUCCCUUCUCGUUGGUCAUUCACGCCGAAUGGCUUUACGUUACCGAUUGGCGAUUGGAUGCCAUCCUCCGGAUGAACAAAGAAAACGGAACUAACGAAAAGAUUGUGACCACUGUUGAAGAGGGCAGUCGUCUAUACGGUAUCCGAGUGUUCAGUAAGGCUGCCCAACGAGUAGACAAUCGACAUCCGUGUCUGUACGACAACGGUAAUUGUCAAAAGUUUUGUUUUCCAAUACCGCAAAACGACACCCAAAGUUCGGGUUUGAUUGCACAGUGCGGCUGUCCGUACGGUGAAAAACUGUCGGACGACAAGCGCACCUGUAUGUCUGAUCCGGAAAAAGAACCGCCAGUUCAGUCGUGUCCCAAUUCCUGGGACUUUACCUGCGAUAAUCAACGAUGUAUACCGAAAACAUGGGUCUGCGACGGCGACGACGACUGUUUGGACAACUCCGAUGAAAAGCAAAACUGUACACAACCGACCUGUAGUGCCCGUGAGUUUAAGUGUUCGAGUGGCCGCUGUGUACCGAUCGGGUUUAAGUGCGAUUCGGACAACGAUUGCGGUGAUUAUUCGGAUGAAACGGGUUGCGUGAACGUGACCUGCGAGGCCAAUGAGUUUUCCUGCGAAAACGGCCGCUGUAUACCGCUGUCCUGGAAGUGUGACUCGGAAAACGAUUGCGGCGACGGCAGCGAUGAGGGCGACUCGUGUCACGAAAAGACCUGCGCCUACUAUCAGUUUACUUGUCCCGGAAGUGGUCACUGUAUACCACAGAGUUGGGUUUGCGAUGGAGAUAACGAUUGUUUCGAUCAGGCAGAUGAACAUAACUGUCCACCGAUAGCCUGUUCCGCGAGUCAGUUCCAGUGCGCAAAUCUCAAACAAUGUAUACACGAAAGCUAUCACUGCGACGGUGUUAGCGACUGUUCCGAUGGUUCCGACGAAAAAGGUUGUCCAUCACUACUGGCCAAUCAAUGCGAUGUCGAUAAACAAUUUCAAUGUCAGACCUCACGUAUAUGUAUACCCAAGUCGUGGUAUUGUGAUGGAAAUCCCGAUUGCGAGGACAGCAGCGACGAGCCGUCCACUUGCGGCGAAAUUGAGUGUCCGUCCAAUCACUAUAAGUGCAAUAAUUCCCGUUGUAUUUUCAAGUCAUGGAUCUGCGACGGAAACGACGAUUGCGGCGACAAUUCCGACGAAGACCAACGACACGCGUGCGGUCCGACUCAUUACGACUGUCCCAGCGGUCAGUGGAGAUGUCCGAAUAUUACCGACCGAUGUAUUCCCGUUAAAAAGAUAUGCGACGGACAGCUGGACUGUCCGAACGGUGCCGAUGAGGGGCCGGCAUGCGAUCUGCAGACUUGUACGAACAACCAGUGCACCCAUAACUGUACCCAAACACCAUUUGGUCCGCUGUGUACCUGUCCUAUGGGUGAACGGCUCAACGAUACCAGAACUUGUGUCGACAUUGACGAGUGUACUAUAGUUGGCAGCUGUAGUCACAAGUGUUUCAAUGAAAAGGGAUCGUUCAGAUGUCUGUGCGAAGACGGCUAUCAAUUGGAGAACAAGACUCACUGCAAAGCCAUUAACCGGACGAUUGCCUAUCUGGUGAUAUCCAAUCGUCGGUCGAUUCUUGUGGCAAACAUUUCGAUGAUAUCGCUCGAAAGGGUACCGAUUCGUGUAGAGAAUGUUGUGGCCACUGCAUCGGAAAUGUCGACGGGAACUAUUUACUGGUCGGAUAUGCACUCCAAGAAGAUCUAUCGGAUGAAAAAAGGAUCGACAGAACCGGAGAUUGUUGUCGGCAGUGGUCUGGAUCUGGUCGAAGGAUUGGCCGUCGAUUGGAUUGCAAACAAUCUCUAUUGGGUCGACUCACGGCUGAAGACUAUCGAAGUGUCGACGAUUAACGGCAAAAAUCAUAUCGUAUUGUUGUCGCAAAAUAUUAGUCAACCGCGCGGUAUAUGUUUGGACCCGCGAGAAGACGCCCGGAUUAUGUUUUGGACAGAUUGGGGCGAAAACCCGCGCAUCGAACGGGUAGGUAUGGACGGCACCCAACGCAAAGUGAUUGUCAAUACGAAAAUCUAUUGGCCAAACGGUCUGACUCUGGACAUACCGACACGGAGAGUGUAUUUUGCCGACUCGAAGCUCGACUAUAUUGACUUUUGCAACUAUGACGGCACCGGUAGACAACAGGUGUUGGCUCAUAAUCACUAUCUAUUGCAUCCGCAUUCGUUGACCGUAUUCGAGGACACACUGUAUUGGACAGACAGACAACUGAAUCGUGUACUAUCCUGUCAUAAAUACCGGGGUCACAAUCAGACAGUUGUCUCGCAUCUGGUUAGUCAACCGUUAGGCAUACAUAUCAAUCAUCCGCUACUGCAGCCGACAGCACCCAAUCCAUGUGCCAAAGCUUCGUGUUCUCAUUUGUGUCUGCUGUCGCCCGGAGCCGAAGGCUAUACAUGCAAAUGUCCGCCCGGUUAUGGACAAGACCGAACAGCAUCGGGUGGCCGUUGUAUACCAGUUGAAACACCGUAUCUGAUGGUCAUGAAGGGUACGCAGAUUGUCGAUCUGAGUCUGACACCGAACGAGAAAUCUGUCGGACAUUUUACGCCGGUUAUUGGUGUAGAAAAUGGUGCCGAUUUUGAUUACGACAAACAGGAAGGCUUUAUCUAUUGGGUUCAAGUCAGGGAAGACGACAAAGAAAACGGAACUCUAUUCAAAGUCAGUCUAAAAGGCGGCAAUCAGACCAAGUUCUUGCCGGACGGUAUUGUCGGCGCACCCUAUUGUAUAGCAUUUGAUUGGAUCGGUCGUAAUCUAUACAUUGGUAACAAAAAAGCGUCGAACAUUGGUGUCGUGAAAACCGACGGCGAAAAAUACUAUCGCCGAACAGUCAUCAGCAACGAUGGUACCGAAAAAGGUGUGGCCAAACCUAAAUCAAUGGUAUUGGAUCCGCUACAGGGUAAACUGUAUUGGCUGGACGAAGGUGGUGUAGGUGUACCGCAGAAAGUGGCCCGGGCCAAUAUGGACGGCUCCAAUGCUACUAUACUAGUCAGAGAUUCGCUACAUCACGUCGAAGCCAUUACGUUUGAUUUGACAAACAAACGAUUGUAUUUUAGUCAAAGUUAUUCGGGAGUUAUCGAAAGUGUGGACACCGAAGGCCGAGAUCGUCGGACAAUAGUGACAGCCGGAUCGGGAAUUGCCCGACCACAGGGACUGUCCGUCUAUAACAAUCGAUUGUAUUAUUUGGAUUCGGUGUACGAAAAGAUUUCUCGGGUCAAUCUGCCCGAAGGUGUCAACGCUAUUACCAUCGAAGAGAAUACGCCCGGAUUGGCCAACAUCAAGAUCUUUAGUAAACGGCCCGGUAUUGAGAACCAUCCGUGUCGUAAUGGUAACGGCGGGUGUCAGCAGCUGUGUAUUCCGGCCGACAAUAAUCAACGCAAGUGUCUGUGCAGUACUGGCUUCCGAACUGAUGGCGAGACCAACUGUCAGCCGUACAAGUCGUUUGCAGUCGUGUCGUCGCUGAACAAAAUGCAAGGCUUCAGUCUCGAAGAUCACGCCGAAGCCAUCCAACCGUUGGCCGGUACCGGACAUAAUAUAUUGCAUAUCGAUGUCAAUGUUGUCAAAAGUCACAUCUAUUGGGUUGAGUAUAAUCCGGGCGAACGAAACGGUAUCUAUCGGAUCAAACCGGACGGAACCGAAAAGACGCACAUCAUUGCCGACGGAAUCGGCAGUAACGGCAUCCGUGGCAUUGCUAUCGACUGGAUUGCCGGCAAUAUGUACUUUACGAAUGUCUUUCCGCACGAAACCUACAUAGAGGUCAGCUAUUUGGACGGUUCCAAUCGUAUGGUACUCGUCAAGACUACUACCGAUGCUCCGCGAGAAAUAGCGGUCAAUCCUAUCAAACGCUACCUGUAUUGGAUAGAUUACGGACAGUUUCCCAAAAUCGAAAAGGCAUUGCUCGACGGUACCAAUCGGACACCGAUUGUGGUCACCGGAAUCAGUAAUCCGCGCGACUUGACCAUCGAUAUCGCCACUCACGACGUCUAUUGGGUCGACGCCCGAGAAGAUGCCAUCCAAAAGGUUUCCUACUCAGGCGGUCGUCGGCAGUAUAUCUGGAAAAACUUGCCGACACCGUACGGAGUGUCCAUUUUGGGCAAUCAGGUCUAUUGGGUGGACAGAAAUCUGCGGACUAUCUACAGAGGAAACAAAUACGGAGACAAUAACAACAAUAGCGGCACCGGUACAGCCAUGUCGUACGAGUCGUUCAAAUCAAAUUUGGAUACAUUGAGGGAUAUUGUGAUAUUUGAUGCAAAAAACCAACCGCCCGGUGAUUCGCCCUGUUCUCGAUUGGGCGAUCGUAUGUGCGAACAGUUAUGUUUUGCAAUGCCCGAGUCGGCAACUACACCGCCAAACUAUCGGUGCGCCUGUUCUACUGGUGUAUUGGCACCCGAUCGCAAUAAAUGCAAAAAUGUUGACGAAUACAUCAUCUAUACGACCAGAAAAGAGAUACGUACUGUCAAUCUGGAUCCAAUGUUGACCAGUUCGCCGUUUCCGCCGAAAGCCAAUCUGACCAAUGUUGUCGGCCUGGACUUUGAUUAUGCCGACAAACGAUUGUUUUUUACACAAAUACGUCCGGACGGUAGCAUUUCGUGGAUCAAUGUCGACAAACGAGACGACGUCAAUGUUAUACUAUCGAAAGGUAUUAAUCCCGAAGGUAUUGCCUACGACUGGACCAGUCAUAAGAUCUAUUGGACCGAUUCGGCCAACCGGUCAAUCUAUUCGAUGAAUAUGGACGGCACACAGAUUGUAAUGAUAACCCGUGUCGAGAGACCCAGAGCUAUUGUGGUAGAUCCGUGUCAAGGGUUUAUGUAUUAUACCGAUUGGGGUCGAUUCGGUAACUCCGGUAAGAUCUACAGGAGUACAAUGGCCGGCAACGACAAGAUAACUAUUGUCGAGCACGAUCUGACACAGCCAAGCGGUUUGGCCAUCGAUUACGAGGAGAAAAAGCUCUACUGGACGGAUGCGUUGCGCGAAAAGAUUGAACGAUCGGAUAUGGACGGCAAAAAUCGGGAAGUACUGGUCGCUGCUACCAUCUAUCCGUUUGCUAUAACCGUUUUCGGCAAUUACAUCUACUGGACUGAUCUACAGUUGCGCGGCGUAUACAGAGCCGAAAAACAUACCGGUGCCGGUAUGAUCGAAAUGGUCAAACGACUGGAAGAGUCGCCACGCGAUAUCCACGUGUUUUCAUCGCAACGUCAAAAAUGCGAUAAAAAUCCGUGCGAAAUCAACAACGGCGGCUGUGCCCACUCCUGCCAUCAGGCGCCUAACGGUGCUGUCGAGUGUCGGUGCAAUACCGGUUACAAGUUGGCCAACGAAAAUCGUAUGUGUGUACCCGAAAACGUUACGUGCGAAGAAACCAAAUACGCCUGCAGUAACUCCAAGUGCAUACCCCGGCUGUGGGCCUGCGAUGGCGAUGACGACUGUGGAGACAAUUCAGAUGAGGAUAAGAUCUUUUGCUCUUUACACACUUGUAGUCCGAAUGAGUUCCGCUGCGGUAACGGUCGCUGUGUUUUCAAGACCUGGAAAUGCGAUCACGAAAACGAUUGCGGCGACAGUACCGAUGAGGAAGGAUGUCAAUACCCGGCCUGUGCUGAUGGAGAGUUUACGUGUGCCAACCAUAAGUGUAUACCGCGUUCACAGCUGUGCAAUGGUGUCAACGAUUGCAAAGACUCGAAGACAUCGGAUGAAAGUCACUCGAUCUGUCCGAACAACAGGACGUGUCCGGGAAAUCAUCUGAAAUGCGAGAACACCAACAUCUGUGUUGAACCCUAUUGGCUUUGCGAUGGAGACAAUGAUUGCGGUGACAAUUCAGAUGAAAAUUCGUUGAUAUGUUCGCAGAGGACGUGUCCGCCCAAUAGUUUCCGUUGUCCGAACCACCGAUGCAUACCCGCCACCUGGUAUUGCGAUGGCGACGACGAUUGCGGCGGAUCGAAAGCCGACGAACCUGAAGAGUACUGCAAAAGCGAAAAGCGGACCUGUUUUGGUGAUCUGUUUACCUGCGAUAAUGGCAACUGUAUUCCGCGUAUCUAUAUCUGCGACGGCGAUAACGAUUGCUUGGAUAACUCGGACGAAGAUGUCCGGCACCAGUGCGACACUCGGCAGUGCGAUCCCGAUCGUGAGUUUACUUGUUCGGCCAACAAAAACUGGGGCCGAGCUCAGUGUAUACCGAAACGAUGGAUAUGCGACGGCGAUCCCGAUUGUGUGGACGGUGCCGAUGAAAACACUACUUUGCACAACUGUCCGCCAGCUGAACCGUGCGAAGUGGAUCAGUUCCGGUGUAACAAUAAGCGAUGCAUUAAUAAGGAAUGGGUUUGCGAUCACGACAACGAUUGCGGCGAUGGAUCGGAUGAACAUCGAAACUGUACGUUCAGGACGUGUUCGCCGGAAGAGUUUUCCUGUCGUAAUACUAAGUGUAUUCGUAAGACCUAUCUGUGCGACGGUGAAGACGAUUGCGGUGACGGUAGCGACGAAAAUCAGCCACAAUGUAAAACAGAAGCACCCACUUGUGCUGGCGGUCAGUUCAGAUGCAAGAGUGGUCAGUGUAUUACGUAUGAACGGGUAUGUAAUAAACAGAUCGACUGCGAUGAUGGUAGCGAUGAACCGGCUCAUUGUAAUGUUGAUGAGUGUGCGAAAAGUGAGAUCAAUGAAUGCGAGCACAAGUGUGUCAAUACGUUGACCAGCUUUUACUGCGAGUGCAAUGAAGGCUACUAUUUGCUGAAAGAUGGAAAAGCGUGCGAAGAUGUCGAUGAAUGUAAUUCGUUGAAAGGCCGGUGCAGUCAAUACUGUUUCAAUACUCCCGGUUCCUACUAUUGCAAGUGCAAUGAGACCUACUAUGAAAGAGAACUGAAUGGACAUACAUGUAAACGAAGAGACGAUGUCGAGCCGUGGAUCAUAUUCAGCAAUCGUUACUAUUUGCGUAAUAUUAGUACCGAUGGUUCAGUUUAUAAUCUGAUACGAAUGGAUCUGAAGAAUGUUGUAGCUCUGGAUUUUGAUUACCGAGAAGAUCGGGUCUACUAUGCAGAUGUCGGCAACAAAACCAUUAACCGUAUCUUUAUCAACGGUACGGGCGAACAGAAUGUCAUCCGACACGAAGCCCACGGUUUGGAAGGUAUUGCCAUCGAUUGGGUCGGACGAAAGAUCUAUUGGAUGGAUCGGACCAGUAAGCACAUAGAAGUGGCCGAACUGGAUGGCCGUCAUCGGAAAACACUGCUCGGUCGUAGUGUAUCGGAUCCGCGUGCCAUUGCCGUACAUCCGGGUAUUGGUUAUGUAUUUUUCACUGAUUGGGGACAUCACGCCUGUAUCGGAAAGAUGGGAAUGGAUGGCCAGAAUUUUAGCCGAAUUGUUACCUACGAACAGAAGCUCGUCUGGCCUAAUGCACUGACCAUCGACUACUUUAGCGACAAAUUGUUUUGGGCGGACGCCCAUCUCGACUAUAUCGAGUACUCCGAUUUUGAUGGCCGCCACCGACACGCAGUACUGAGCGGUAGUUCCGUACCGCACGUGUUUGCGCUGUCCGUUUUCGACGACUGGCUCUAUUGGACCGACUGGAAUACCAAAGGUUUGGUUAAGGCACACAAGUUUACCGGCGAAAAUCUACAGGUGCUCAGGAAUACAUCGCACAGACCGUACGACAUACACAUCUAUCAUCCGCUGAAACAGUUACCGUACGAUAACCCGUGCGGCGACAACAACGGCGGCUGUUCUCAUCUGUGUUUGAUAGCACCGGGCGGCCAGACCUACAGCUGUGCCUGUCCUAAUAAUUUUAUAUUACGCGAAGACAACAAAACCUGUAUUGCCAACUGUACGAAAGGUCAUCACCGAUGUCAGGCACCGGACGACCGUUGUAUACCAGCGUUUUGGACGUGCGAUGGAGACAAAGACUGUAAGGACGGUUCGGAUGAAGUCAAUUGUGCGCCGUUUAUGUGCAAACCGGGAAUGUUUCAGUGCCGCAACAAUCACACCUGUAUAUCAAGGAUCAGGAUAUGCGACGGAAUACCCGACUGUAGCGACAAAUCGGACGAAAGUUUCUGCGACACCGAUUGCGGCGAACAUAGCUUCAAGUGUCGAUCGACUGGACGCUGUGUACCCGACUCGUGGCAGUGCGACGGCGACAACGACUGUUCCGAUGGCUCUGACGAAGAUCCAAUCCAUUGUCAUCAUCGGCAGUGCGACAAAGACACACAGUUCCGGUGCGAAAACGGCAAAUGCAUACCCAAACUAUGGUACUGUGAUUUUGAUGACGACUGUGGCGACAAUUCGGACGAACCGGCCCACCGGUGCCGCAAUCGUAACUGUAGUACUGGUUGGCAGAAGUGUCCGACAAGAAAUAACUAUCGCUGUAUUCCCAGUUGGCUGUUCUGCGACGGUAAAGACGAUUGUCGGGACAAUUCAGAUGAAAGUAAUGUCGAAUUUUGUCCGAAAUGUCACGAAACGGGAGAUUUUAAGUGCAAAAACGGCAGAUGUAUUCCACUCAGAUGGCGAUGCGACUUCGAGGACGAUUGCGGCGACAAAUCGGAUGAAGAUCCGACUAUGUGUGUCGAUCUCUAUCGGGACUGUUCGGAAAGUGAGUUCCAGUGCGGCAACAAAAAGUGUAUACCGUCGCGAUGGCGCUGUGACCACGACGACGACUGCGAUGAUGGCAGCGACGAAAAAGAUUGUCUGGAAUAUCGCUGCAAAGACGACCAAUUCAAGUGCCGCAGCGGUCACUGUAUACCGCAAAAGUUGGUAUGCGAUGGAAACAAAGACUGCAAAGACGUAUCGGAUGAGACCAACUGUCCGACCCGUUAUCCAAAUGGACGCUUCUGUCAGGAUUCGCUGUUCCAGUGCAACAAUACUGUCUGCUUGAGACCGGACUUCUUGUGCGACGGCGACGACGAUUGUGGUGACGCUACCGACGAACUGGAGUCCAUGUGCCAGAACUUCGAGUGCGAUCUGACCCGAAAGUUUCAGUGCAAUAACAAGAGGUGUAUACCGUUGUGGCAAAUAUGCAACGGACAGGACGAGUGCGGCGACGGCAGCGAUGAAAACAAUCAUACACUGUGUCGAAAGUGGCCGCUGCCGUGUAUGGCCAGUCAGUUCAAGUGUGCCAACGAACAGUGCAUUUCAAUGGACAAAGUCUGUGAUCAUAAUGACGAUUGCGGCGACUUUACCGACGAGAAGGGCUGCCAUAAAGGUGUUUGCAAUAAGGAUACAAAGGGCGGCUGUCAGCACAACUGUUCGGCCGUCGGUGACGGCGGCUACAUAUGUGUCUGUCCGCGUGGUUACCAAAUAGCCCACAACAAUACCAAACAGUGCGAAGACAUCGAUGAAUGUGCCGGUUUUGGUCACAAUUGUUCCCAGAUUUGUGUCAACAUUGAGGGCACGUAUGCCUGCAAAUGUAAGUCCGGUUUUGAAAUGGUCGACGAAAGGUGUGUCGUGAAGAGCGAAGUGUCGCCGUUUGUCUUCUAUACGGACGGACCCGAUAUCCGAGCCGUUGAUCUGACUCAACAGCAUCAGUCGUCGCUGAUUGCCGGCGAAAGUCGUGUCCAAUCGCUAGAUUACGAUCCAAUUACUGAUAUACUCUAUUGGACAGACACUUACGAUAAGACAAUAAAACGAGCGGUAAUACCGAACCCGAGUGAUCCCGAACACGGAAAUGGUUUUUCGCAAAAUCUUGAUCUUAAGGGCCUAACAAAGCCGGUCGACAUCGCUGUCGAUUGGGUCGGAAGGAACCUGUAUUGGAUGGAUAUGGACUUAUCUAAUAACAAACCAAAGGGACGCCUAUCUACCAGUCUUCUCGAUGGCCGAUACCGUAAGGCUGUUGUAACAGUUGGUUUGGAGAGACCGACAUCUAUAGCAUUAGAUCCAGAAUUAGGUCGUAUGUUUUGGGCGGACGCCGGACUUCAGCCGAAGAUCGAGUCGAGUUGGAUGGACGGCAACCGACGCAAACUGAUCAUCAAUGAAAAACUCGGUUAUCCGACCGGACUGACCAUCGACUACGAAGCCGGCCAUCGAAUCUAUUGGUCCGAUUCGAAACUCAAUACAAUAGAAUCGGCCAAUUCGGACGGUACCAAUCGGGUGACAGUGAUUAGCGGCGAUUUGCAUCAUCCGUCCAGUUUGGAUAUGUUCGAAGAUCAGCUGUAUUGGGUGACCCGCGAUACCGGCGAAAUCUAUCGUCACGACAAGUUUGGCCGCGGAGUCAAAGUUCGGGUCCGAAGAUCGCUAGAACACGCAACCGAUGUUAAGAUCUAUCAGGAAAAGAAGUACAACACAUCACUGGCCAAUCCGUGUCAAACGGCUUCCUGUUCGCACUUAUGUCUGCUAAUACCCGGUGGCUAUCGUUGCGCGUGUCCCGACUCGGGCACGUCGGUCAUCAGUUUGAACAGCAACUGUAAUACAGCCUACGAACAGCCGAAAGCGUUGCCCCAUCGGUGUCAGUGCCGUAACGGCGGUUCAUGUAUCAGGAGUUCCGAUGGCGACGACUCAUCAUCAACAGCUGGCGGCGCCGCCUCCUCUGCCAAACUUGUCUGUAAAUGUUUGGAAAAUUUCGAAGGAAACAACUGUGAAGAAUAUAUACCCAGAAGUCAGAUCAGUGGCGAUACCGACAAAGUCUUUGCCGAAGUUGUUUUGCCCAUAAUUAUCGUUUUGAUGACAUUAGUGGUGGCCGUCGUUCUCUAUACUUAUUUCAAGAAACGAAAUUUCAAAUCCGGUAUCAAUCAAAGCGUGUCAUUCCGUAGCGGAACUAAUGUCGAGUUCGGCGGCGCCGGCUUUAUGCAUAACGGCACCAAUGAUGGCCAGCAAACGGAGCCAAUCGAUGGCUACCAUUUGGGCACUUUGGGCGAUAAGUCGACCGAUUUUGCUAAUCCAAUGUACGAAGAAAUAGAAAACGGCGGCUCCGAUACCAUGAAAAAAGUUGGACCCAACGAUUCAAGCGGUCUGUACGAAGUUCCCGACAACGAUAAUAUGUAUAACAAAAAAGUACCGAUCGAUGUCAACUCUGCGGCCGUCGCCGACAACAACAAAUCCAUGACCACCACCACCACCAACGCCGCUGCCAACACCACCGGUUCGGCAGUGUUGCCCCCAUCGUCGGUAAUACAUCGGUCAUCACCGCAGGUUCACAUCAAACAAAUUACAUUAAAUCCGACGUCAGUGGACACCGACAAAGACACUCAAAAUCUUGUCGAAGAAGACAAGAGUGAGUGUUGAGUUAGUAGACAAACAAAAAAACGACAACAAAAUAAAUGAAAUUAAAUUCAAGAAUAAACACUGACUUUAAUAUUAAAUUAUAAUUUAAAGAAAAACAAACAAAUGAAACAAAAUUAAGUGCUAAUAAUACAACUGUGAAUAUAU